AUGCCUCUGAACUCUUUAUUAGAAAUGACUAACAAUGAAUGGCUACUGGGAUUGGCUAUGUGCGAUCUAUUCCAUGCCAUGGAUAUUCUAGCAUCCACGAGCUCAAUAUGGAACCUCUGCGUUAUAAGUCUUGAUCGGUAUAUGGCCGGUCAAGAUCCUAUAGGAUAUCGAGACAAAGUCUCAAAAAAGCGCAUUCUGAUGGCCAUUUGCUGCGUUUGGAUGGUGUCCGCUUGCUUAUCAUUUCCAGCCAUACUUUGGUGGCGAACCACCUCACCACAUUUGUACAAAAACAAGAAUAAGUGCCUAUUCACUGACAGCGCCAUGUAUGUCGGAUUCUCCUCGCUGGUUUCGUUCUAUAUUCCUCUUUGUUUGAUUCUAUUUGCAUAUGGGAAAGUCUUCAUUAUUGCCACACGUCACUCGCGUGGAAUGCGCAUGGGCAUGAAAAAGGUGAAGUGCAGAAAUGGAAAAAGGCUGCCGACUGAUUCAGAAAGCGUCAUGUCAAGUGAGGCAGAGCCAACCCUUCGAAUUCACAUCGGAAGAGGUCGAAAAAUGAGCACGAGUCUUCGACAAACUCGAACAAAUCGCGACUCAACGCGUCUUCUGCUCAAACAAGUGUCGUGCAAAAGCUUGACUACGGAUCGAGGAGAACAUGCACUAAUCAGUCCACGAGCACCUUUGCUAAGAACCGAAUCUAACAACAAUGCCAACGCUUGCGUUUUACGGGUGCGAGCCGCCGGUGUUCCAUCUGUUCGCUCUAGUACUCUUAGUGUGGAAUCGCCCCAAACACUACGCGAUGACGUCAGCGAGAAAUCGUCCGUAAGUUCGCCGCAAACAACAAGGCGAAAAUUGAAUGUUCGAGAAAAAUCGCGUCAGAUGGUGAAGUACGUCCACGAACAACGCGCAGCACGGACGCUGUCCAUAGUUGUAGGAGCAUUCAUCAUAUGUUGGACACCCUUCUUCGUGUUCACUCCAUUAACUGUUAUUUGCAAGUCGUGUUUCGCGGACAAGGACAGGAUUUUUACAAUUGUGACUUGGGCAGGCUAUCUGAACUCUAUGUUGAACCCGUUGAUCUACUCGCGAUUCUCGCGCGACUUCCGACGUGCUUUCAAGCAGAUUCUCACAUGUCAGCGGGAGCGAAAAGUAAAGACAGCAUUCAAAACCCCCUUGGCACUUGUGUUCACCCAGCUCAUCUCGGUUACCCAAAUGUGGGAGCAACCGCAGAACACUCAGAUCGAAUGA